AUGGCCGGUGAAUAGCACCCAAAAGGUAGAUGUGAUGGAACGACGGUUUGAGCUGCGAAACGUGUUUAAGUGAUGCGUGAUUCCCCAGCCGCUUCUUCCGUAGGCAGUGUGUCGGGGUCGUGCUGGUGAUUUCGGUGGGGUUUGCUUGGUUUUUUUACAACUUUAUGCCGGUGAAUUGUGGUGGGGAAUAAAAGCUGUGGUCGGCUGAUCCGUCAUUACGAUCCGUGUUGUGUCGUACGAGGGAGAUUGCUACGAAUCGCAGCGUUUGUUUUGUUUAAGGUUAGUGUAGCAGUGAUCAUGCGAAACGAAAAAGUAAGAAAAUAGGCCAAGUUCUAAUAUUAAAAGUGAAAUACUUCUGUGAAUAUAAUAGAUUUUCCAUGCAGUUAUCAAAUCGAAUAUAUCUAAGAAGUGAAAUUGAAAAACUAAAAUAGCAAAACGAAGUAUCAUAUGUUUGUUCAAGUGUUAUCUGCAAGUGCAAUGUCUACAGUCAUUGCGAAUAUGCAAUGAAUUAGAUAUUACGCCGUUCCAAGAAUUCAGUUAUCGUAUCAAACUCAACCAUGGCGCUGAAUGGAAUAUACACACCACAUGCAGGCGACGAUCAAACAUCUUCAAGAUAUGUUGGUGAUUCAAAAGAGGAAAUUGCACUUUCCACCCUUGGCUUGGAUGAAUACGUGCGUCCCGAGGAAGCGAAACAAUCCAGCAUAAAACGCUACAGUGCAAUAUGCAUCGUCAAUGGAGCCGUUGCUAUAUUUUUUGGAUUCGCCACAAACCGUUUCAUUCAGCAUGAGCGAACCUGCGAAACGAAUUGUGGCUUGCGGUGGUGCGAUGGGUACGGUAUGCUGUUGCUCUUGCUGGGGUUCGUUUACGUGGGAUUGCUGUAUUUCCUGCUGCUGAAACCCCGCCUGGAACGAUCAGUGUACAGACGGUUUGCGCCGGUUGGAUCGUAUGUCGAACGGAUGUUUCGAGCGCGUACAGCGAAACUGGCGACGGGAGCGAUUGUCGUGCUGGGGUUUGCCAUUUUCCUGUACUUCGAUACGCGCGAUGAUGCUAGCCGCCUGAUGCCCCUCACCGGGAUGGUGGUAUUUCUCGCCCUCUCCGCACUGAUGUCGAAACAUCCGAAAAGGAUCAACUAUCGGCCGGUGUGCGCCGGUCUGCUGCUACAGGCCCUGCUCGGUUUGGUUUGCAUCCGUUGGGAGGUGGGACGCAGCAUAUUCGCCUGCAUCGGCGCAAAGGUGGACACAUUCCUGGGCUACUCGUCCGUGGGUGCCGCAUUUGUCUACAGCGACGUGCUCAUCCGCCAGUACGCUGUGUUUGCGUUCUCCGUGCUGAGUGUCAUAUACUUCUUCAGCUUCUUCAUCUCGAUCCUGUACUAUCUCGGUGCCAUGCAGUGGAUCGUGCUGAAGCUGGGCUGGGUACUGCAAACCCUCAUGGGCACGACGGUUUGUGAAGGCAUCAUGGCGGCGGCUAACAUCUUUCUCGGCAUGAGCGAAACACCGCUCAUAAUCAAACCCUACGUGAAGGAUCUGACCCACUCGGAGCUGCACUCGGUAAUGUCGUCCGGGUUUGCGACCGUCUCCGGGACGGUGCUGGCCGCGUACAUCUCGUUCGGCGCCAGUCCGGGGCAUCUGAUUACGGCAAGCGUUAUAUCGGCACCGGCCGUACUGUGCGUGUCGAAGAUCAUCUAUCCGGAGGUGGAAACAAGUAAAACGACAUCCGAUAACAUUACCAUCGCAAAAUCUACCGAUUCCUCCGUGAUUGAUGCCGCCUGUAAUGGUGCAAGUGCAGCCUCUACACUGAUCCUGGGCAUCAUCGCCAACCUGAUCGCGUUCGUGUCCUUUGUGGCAUUUGUGAACGGAAUGCUGACGUGGCUCGGCAUGCUGGUCGGUGUGGAAGGUGUAUCGCUGGAAUGGGUUUGUGGAUACAUUUUCCGGCCGCUUGCGUUCGUUAUGGGUGUGUCCUGGAAGGAUAGUGAGCAGGUUGGACAAGUAAUUGGCAUUAAAACGGUGGUGAACGAGUUCGUCGCUUACCAGCGCCUUGGAGAGUUCAUACGCGAUGAAGUUAUAACGAAACGAUCGGCCACGAUCGCAACGUAUGCCAUCUGUGGCUUUGCAAAUCCUAGCUCGCUGGGUAUUAUGAUAGGAGCGAUGAGUGCGAUGGCACCCGAACGGCGCGGGUCUAUCACUGCCGUAUCUUUCCGUUCGUUCAUUACCGGAUCGAUUGCGUGCUUCAUGACCGCGUGUAUCGCAGGACUUCUGAUCGAUGAUUUCCAAGGAAUGGAAGGUCCGCGGAUGACCAUCUCGACAAUAUCGAAUUCUACCGUUGUGUAAGACUGGCAAAAAGAAAGAAGUAUUAUUAUUAAUUGUUAAUAAUUUUUUUUUUAAAAACCAACAGACUUACCU